AUGGCUGCAUCUACUGUUGUACUUCCUUCGGCUAAAGAUCCCCCUGAUCCAACAUCUUCUUCGUCUCCAAUCGACCCCGUAACUCUCACCAUCCACAGAUCCCAAUCUUCUCAUCUAGUUUCCGCCGCCGCUCCUCCUAUUCUACUGUCUCCUUUUCCCGUGGCUGGCCAAGCUUCAGUCGUCACGGAUUCAGAGAUCUCUGACAAUUUGACAUCAGUUACAGCUCCUCUUCUUUCGGACGGAUCUGUCCCGCUCACAACUAGCUCCACUCCCUCUUUGGAAAAGGAGGAGGAAUUGGAAAUUCCCCCUGUGAUUCAUGAUACUCAGUUGCUCUGGGCUGCUAGGUUCAAGUCCAACCUCCGCAACCUGAAGAAAGUCUCGCUACCAACGUUCACUGAAGAUGGUACUCCAAAAGUCAGAGCCCCUGCUUCCGUCAUUCUCCGAGCGUCCGAUACAUGGAAAGACCACAUCGUUGCCCACUUCCAUGGCAAUCCGCCGCCUCCGGGUAAAAUUUUCACUGACCUAAAUCCUAUUUGGGGUACCGAUGGUCGUAUCCAUAUCAAGGCUCUCCCAAACGGACCAGUGCUUAUCUUCAUCCCAUCUGAGCUCACACGACAAUGGGUCCUUGAGGUUGGUUGUUGGCAAGCUGGUAAUUGUCUCUUCACUGUCACCGCUUGGUCUCCAACAGCUACCUUGACUCCAAUAAAGCUGGUCUCUUUACCGAUAUGGGUAAUAAUCAAAGAUGUUCCUCCACAACUUUACUCUCUCCCAGGGUUGAGUACCAUUGCCUCUGGCAUUGGAGAACCUCUUCACACUGAAAAGCAUCAGCUUCCUCCUCUAGCUCCGGAUACGCGGAUCAAAGUGGAGAUCCUCCUUACUAAAGUUCUUCCCAGCUCUGUCCUGGUAGUGGACGAUGAAGGCAAUGAGCUUCGAGUGUGGGUUGAGUACCCAAGGCUUCCUCCAAAGUGUGAUUUUUGCAAUGAAUAUGGUCAUCUUUACCAUAGGUGUCCAGUUGCUCCUGAUAUCUCCUUGCCUCCAUCACUCACUUUUGAGAAAGUCCCUCCACAAGCAAAAGUGAACCCAAUAGCUAAUGUGACAUUGAGAGUGCAGCCUCCUCCUCGGAAAAACACUCUGUCACAUCCUGUUCUUGGUGUGCCAGCUUCCGGUCCUCCGUCUGUCACACCUCCCUCCAAGCUCUCUACUCAGGCUACUUCUUCUAAUCCCAAUCACAUAUACCUAGCCUCCCCUCCAACUGUUUCAAAUGAUUGGCAAGUUGUUAAGAGCAAGUCUAAGCAUCCUAGCAAUAAAGAGAAAAACGUUGAGGUUGCUGCUAUCUCACAAGGGCCUUCGGUCUCCUCUGCUCAGUUUGCCGAAGAGGAAGAAGCUAUCCAGAUUGGUCAGCGAAUUAUCAGGCGCAGAUCAGGGUCUCCUUUUCGUUGUCAAGUUAAUCAACCAAAUAGCACCGAGAAAGAAAUCAUUCCUUUAUCUUCUUUGGUUAUUCUGCCAGCAGUUGCGCCAUCCUGUUCUACUAAGCAAAAAGUAGUUGCUGCAAUUACUAAGAAAACGCCUUCAACAACAGUAAAGAACUCCACUAGAGGACGUCGUCCAGGAAAGGGACGCUCCCAUCAUCUCGCUUGA